AUGCCGCCCAAAUUUGUACCUAGACAGCGAAAGCACAAGGUCAUUGCGCGACUGAAGAACAAUGGCGAAAAAUCACAGCCUCCCGUCGUCGAUUCCAAUGCCGCCGAGCACAUUCCUGCAGCGAAAUCCGAGCUCGAGGAGAAGAAACUCCGUAUGAAAGAGGAACUGCGAAAAGAAGGGCAGAAGAUCAGCGGAAAGAGAGCAAAGCGAUUGGAGAAAUAUAUCGAUAUCAAACUAAGAAAGGACGAAAACAGAGAGUUGAUUGCGAGAUUGGCGAACUCGAAAACCGAUACCAGUUUAUUUCAGAGCAGUAGAAAGUUAGGCCAGGGACGAGAGACGAAGAGAGAGAAAUUGGGCAGGGCUCUGCGGGCGCAGCAGGCUGGCAUUGAUCUGGAUAGUGAUAAUGACGAUAUUUUAUUCGAGAAACGAGUCGUUCGUGAAGUUGGGGACAAAGUAUCUCCCGACGAGGACGAGGAUGAGGACGAGGAGGACGAUGGGCAACCAACACCAGGAGGAAUUUUCCAAGUGCCCGUGGCAAAGGCUGUCGCAGUGCAACCGGCGACAAUUGCUGUCGGAUCUGGGUUGAAAAGGCCGCUGGAUUUGGGAGAAGACGGCAAACCAGUAUUAAAGAAGAGAAAACGAAGAGGGGGAAUAAAGUCAAAGGUUUCACUCAUGCCGGAAAAGCCAGAAGAGCCAGAGUGGGAAGGGUUUAGUUCUGCGUCGGAAGCAUCGAGCAAUACAGACGAGGAUUCUCAAUCUAGUGCAGACGAGGAUGGACAGUCGGUGGUCUCGGGAGAGGAACAAGAAAAUGAUCAGUCAGAAUCGGGAUCUGAUUCUGAUUCAGAGGAGGAAGAUUCCGAAAAAGAAUCAUCAGAAGAUGAGAGUGAAGGAGAUGGUGAAGAUGAGAAGAAGGAGCGGUCUUCAGCUUUCAAAUCUUGGGCAAAUCAGCAAGUAAACGAAGCUCUGGGAUAUGAAACUGUAUCAAAUGUCGCAAUGGCAACAGAAACACCCAAAAUAGAAGGCUUCCAACCAAGAGCUCCAGAACAAGAUCCGCUUCCAAAUGAGUUGCAACCUACCACAAAUGUUACUAGAAAGGCGUUUAGUGUCCCAGUUCAGCGUACCUCUGAAAUUCAAACAGUUCGGCUGCAACUUCCAGUUGUCGCUGAAGAACAAAAGAUCAUGGAGGCAGUGCACAAUACCAAUCUGGUGGUUAUUUACGGGGCAACUGGAUCAGGAAAAACUACACAAGUUCCACAGUUUUUGUUCGAAGCAGGUUAUGGUUCUCCAAACUCACCAACACCAGGAAUGAUUGGUGUUACGCAACCUCGAAGGGUGGCGGCAGUCAGCAUGGCCAAGCGUGUUGGUGACGAAAUGGGAGACCAUGGUGAGAAAGUUGCUUAUCAAAUUAGAUUCGAGGGGACAGUGAAAGCACAGACUGCCAUUAAAUUCAUGACCGACGGUGUACUUCUGAGAGAAGUUGCACAGGAUAUUGCUCUUCGAAAAUAUUCAGCAAUUAUCAUUGAUGAGGCUCACGAAAGAAGUGUAAACACCGAUAUUUUGAUUGGCAUGCUCAGCAGGGUUGUGAAAUUACGAGAAGAGAUGGCAGCUGAGGAUAACUCAAUUAACCCUUUGAAGCUUAUUAUCAUGUCAGCUACAUUGAGGAUUACUGAUUUUACACAAAACAAGACGUUAUUUUCGAAACCACCGCCAGUACUUCAAGUCGAAGGAAGACAAUAUCCUGUCACAAUACAUUUCACCAGAAGAACGAAUCAUGAUUACGUUGAGGAAGCUUUUAGGAAAAUAAGUAAAGGUCAUCGAAAGCUUCCACCAGGUGGCAUUCUAGUCUUUUUGACAGGACAAAAUGAAAUUACCCAACUCAGCAAGAAACUCAAGGAAGCAUUCCGGAUUGGACACACUUCUUCUGGGCCGCAAGUUCGAAUCUCUGGUAAAGACGCGCCUAUUGAGGCGGAAGAUAUUGAUUUUGGCGAUUCUGUUAUGGAGCAAGACGACGACUAUGAUGAAGAUGAUGAUCUCGACAUCAAUGUCGAUGAGGAGGAUUUCAAAUUAGAGGGCGAAGAAGAAGAAUCCGGUCCCGCCAAGAUGCACAUCCUUCCACUCUACUCAUUGCUGCCAACCAGAGAACAAUUGCGUGUGUUUGAACCUCCACCUGACGGAUCUCGACUUGUUGUAUUAGCAACCAAUGUGGCUGAAACCAGUUUAACAAUACCAGGAAUUCGGUACGUUUUUGAUUGUGGUCGGUCAAAGGAGCGAAAAUACGAUAAAGAUACUGGUGUACAAAGCUUCGAAAUUGGUUGGAUCAGCCAAGCAAGUGCUAGUCAACGAGUUGGUCGUGCUGGACGUACCGGACCGGGUCAUUGCUAUAGACUCUACUCGUCUGCUGUGUACGAAAGAGACUUCCAAGAAUUUGCUGAGCCCGAAAUCUUGAGGAUGCCAAUUGAAGGUGUUGUACUUCAACUGAAAGCUAUGAACUUGCAGCAUGUUAUAAACUUCCCUUUUCCUACACCGCCUGAUCGCCAAAGUCUUGCAAGCUCAGAAAAGUUGUUAACAUAUUUGUCUGCUAUAUCUCCAACUGGCCAAAUUACAUCAACUGGUGCUACUAUGUCAAUAUUUCCACUAUCUCCUCGAUUCGCAAGAAUACUACUUGUUGGACAUCUACAUAAUUGCCUGCCAUAUACCAUCGCUUUGGUAGCCGGAUUAUCAGCAGCCGAUAUAUUUAUCCCAGAAAACCAAGUUGUUCCCGUCAUUCCACCCAAAGGGGAAGAUGAGCAUUUCACGAGCGCCGAUCGAAUCGCUGAGGACGCAAGAAAUACCAUCCGACGCCAAUUCAACAAGGCCCAAAAGGACUGUUGCUUCCUGGAUGACAAAUCAGAUGCCAUCAAACUCCUCCAAGUCGUUGGCGAAUUUGCUCAUGAGCCAACAGAAGAAUGGUGUCGAGAACAUUUCGUCCGAUACAAAGUGCUAAAGGAAAUCCUACAACUUCGACGACAAAUCACAGAUCUCCUCCGCACAAACAUCACCGCCUUCGCAGGCCUCAAAUACCAAGAGAAACUCGAUCCCCCAUCCACCAAACAAGUCAAGGCCCUCAAACAGAUGGCCGCAUCCGGCUUCAUAGACCACAUCGCCAUCCGCGCAGACCUAUCCCCCAACCCACCCGCCAUCCAUCGCAAACCAACCCGCGCAAUCGACGUCCCCUACCUUACCCUCUUCCCCACCCACCUCCGCAGCGACGACGAGGACAAAGCCGUCUACAUCCACCCCUCCUCUCCCCUGGCACACCUCAGUCCCCAAGAAUGCCCCGAUUACAUCGUUUACUCCUACCUCCAACGUGCUGCUCCUGCGGCCGCUACGCCGGAGAAGAUCCCGAGGACCAGAAUGCAUGCUCUUACUGAUAUCACUGGGGGCCAGAUUGCGGCGCUGGCGAAGGGGACCCCGCUGUUGCAUUAUGGGAAGCCGAUUAAGGAGGUUAUGAGGGGCAAGGAAGGAGAUGGGGGUGUGCGGGAGAUCUGGGUAAUUCCUUAUUUGAGGUCGGAGGGCACGGGAGGGGUUGGGUGGCCGUUGCCCGCGAGGAAGUUGGAGCAGAGGAAGGUUGCUGGGAGGGGCUGGGUUGUUGGUUGA